AUGUACGUUAUUCAAGCGGUUGUAUUUCGAGCUGGGAAGGUCAAUAUUUCCGACACAUCCCAAAACAACCAUGGCUGUCAGACCGUUUCUUUCAAAGCUCAGUUCCAGGGUUCGGGAGAUAUAAAGGUGUUUGCAACGCUGAGCCAUGGAAGCGAACAUGUCAAAAUCCAUGACCCAGCGUCUGUUUGGGUGAAGUCAGUGUCCACAUCUGGUUUUGAUGCUUGCGUUCGUGAAGCAGGCAGCGGUUCUGGAGGCGCGUCUGUAAUCAACUGGCUUGCAUUUCAAGGUUCACACCAAGGCAUUGAUUCAGGAAUCGUUGAAUUUGAUGAAUUCACCUCAAGGACCCGGUGCAAGAAGAUAUCGCUUAGUAUUCAGAAUAAGGUGAGAUGGUAAAGUAGGUGGAUUUAAUCAGUCAUUUGAACAAAGUUAAGGUGACAAACAGCCCAUUCUUACUUGGCCAAAAUUGAUCCGGCAUGGAAGAAGGGACCUAGCCUUCCCUCCUUGUAAGGGAAUCCGGAUUCCGGAAUCCGGGAAAAUUUUGGCUGUGGAAUCCGGGAUCCUUGGUUUUGGAAUCCGUAAUGCAAGUUCUACUGACAAGGUAUUCGGAAUUCAGCACCUGGAAUCCGAAAUCCGAGGCAUAGAAUCCACAAUCCAAGACUGUCGUGGAUUCCCUUACAUGGGGCGACUAGCCUAAACGUAGAAUCGAGUUUUCGGAAAUCCCAUACUUUUCUGUCGCUAACUAUAAUCGGAACUUUGAAGUGUAGUUACAUCAACGUGAUGGUAGAAUCCUAGACCGUAUAUUUUCGUUUUCUUUCUAGAUAAUUGUUCUCUUGUUACUUUGUCUUACUUAGGGGAGACCCCAAGUGUUUGUGACUGUUCUACAUAAACAUUCCGACCGACCGUUUGACUCCAUGAACAUUUGGCUAGAAGACGUCAACACGGAUAGUUUUGUGGUUUGCUUGAGGGAGUUUAUGAGCUUCGACGGCAGCCAUUCAGGUCUCAAAGUGGUAAGUUGAAAUUAGAAAAUUCACGAGUUCUCGUUAAACGAGAACUCUGAGGUGCACUAGCCUUUAUUACUCUUUUCGCGAAAUUAUCGCUCUGGUUUUGCGUGAAAAAGAAGUCCACCUAGGGGUAACUCAAGGGUGUUCCAAUGCAUGAGGCAUCACACACUACCAUCAAUAGCAAAUUCUAUAUCCUGCUUCUUCUCCAAGUUGUAUUACAAAAAUUAACAUAUCAACAACCACAGUGACAACAAGGAAAUCGAUUCAGUGAUUGCCUUAGGUGCUAGUAUAAUUUUAUUAAGGUUAGAUAUGUGUACCCAAUGCCUUUUACAAUACCCUUAUCUGUCGGAUCUCCCUAUCUCACUUAGACGAGCAUGAUCAAACAAAUGUGUAUAAAUUUUUUUUUUUCAGAACUGGCUUGCGUAUGAUGUGCUCCCGGGGUCUUGGAAUAUUACUGAAAGAGGAAAGCUUCAUUUUUCUGGACUUGGUGCACCAAAGAAAGAAAACAACUAUGCUUUUUGUCAGGUUGGAAAGACCAACGGUCUUUUACAUGUAUUUGAUGAGCCUCUGUUUAGUUUAGUUGAGCUCAAGGGAAAACGUGUAUCGCCCAUUUCCAAGAGACACUAUAGCGGUCAACUUCAACUUUAUUUGAUAAAAAUAUUGAUUACAAUAGACUGGCCGGCAAAAUAGUAAUUGCUAAUCUAGGCGGACCAGUUAAAAGAGAAAUAAAGGGAAAGGAAAGGAAAGGAAGGAAACUAUUUUAAGUUACAAUAAAUAAUAUUUCUAUCAUAGUUUUUAUUUUAAUUACAUUAAGUCUACUAAGGAAAAACGAAAAAGGAAUUGACGGAGUGCCAAGAAAAAAAAACAAACAAACAAAUACUUUUGUACAGAAAUCACUUAACUGUUAAUCGAACUUUUUCAACCAACUUUUUAUGAAGUCUCAAUAAAGUCACCUUCUCUUUUUAAGAUGUCGGAAAGCAAUCUGUGAAGCACUUUCAUAAAUUUGUUUUUAGGAAGAUCUCUAAUAUCACAAGGUAUCUCAUUCCAAAGUUUUACACCAAAACAAGGCAAGGAGUUUUUGUGUUUUUCCAGCUUUGAGCUUUUAACGUGAAAGUUACCUGAAGUAGAUGAUCUUGUAUGGUAUGAAUGAAUUGUUGAGGUUCUUUCAAAUAAAUUGAAGAGACUUGUUGGGGAAUUGUUGCUGUCAUUAUCGUGCAUUAGACUGGCCACGGUUUUAUCAAACUAAAUGACACUGGUAAUAUGUCAGCGUCGAUAACUAGAGGAAUUGCGUGUUCACGUAUAACCGUAAAAUACAUCAUGCGAAGCAAUUUCUUCUGAAGAAUUAGAAUUUUAUUGAGGAGAGUCUUGGAUACCUGACCCUAGGCAGCAAGACCAUAGUUUAGGUGAGGGUGGAUUAAUGUUUGGUAAAUAUAUAACAAUAUAUAACGAGUUAUGGAGAGCCGAAGUUUUGAAAUGGUCCGAUAGUUUUACUGAUUUUUGCCGUAAUAGCGUCAAUGUGAUAUUUCCAAGUAAGGUUUUUAUCAACCAACACACCAAGAUAGUUAAUAUAAUUUUUGGACUCCAGAGUUACUUUUCCAUUUUUGUCGUUAUCGAACAUGUGGAGACUCGGUUGGUAAGUGACUCUUUUUUUAUAAGGGUGAAAGAUUACAAAGUUAGUUUUUGUAGUAUUGAGAGUUAAUUUAUUGGAUGUUAGCCAUUCGGUUUAGUAAUUCAAUUUACUAUAUCUUCUAGGGACUUUAAGUUUUUAUCAGCAUAAAGGAUAUUAGUAUCAUCUGCGAAGAGAUAAAACUUAAGUUUAUUCGAGCAUUGAUGUAUGUCAUUAAUAUACAAUAAAAAAAGCAACGGGCCAAGGCCGGACAGAUCCUUUGGGAAUACCACAACUUACGUUUUCUUUGUUUAAAAUGUACGGUCCGAUUUGGGUAGAUUGCACACGAUUAUUCAAAUACGAGGAGAACCAGUCUUUAAUAAUUCCACGAAAACCAUAGUGAUAAAGUUUGUCAAGCAAAAUGUUAUGAUCGACAGUAUCAAAAGCUUUCUUGAGGUCUAUGAAGACUCCACACGAGAAAAGACCUUGAUUCAUCACAGUUAGUUUGUAUUGCGUUUACAAUGUUUAAUAUUGCAUGUUGAGUCGAGUGACCUUUACGAAAGCCAUACUGGGAGGAAUACAAUAAAUUAUGUUUGUCAAUAUAAUCUUUCAUUCUGUUGUACAUCAUCUUUUCAAAAAUUCUGUUAAAGUUAGAUAAUAAGGAUAUAGGUCUGUAGUUAUUCGCACCAUUAUCUUUGCCACUCUUGAAUAUUGGAGUUAUUUUGGACAAUUUAAGUUUUGAAGGGUAUUUUCUUAAUGUUACUGAGAUAUUCAAUAUUUCUGAUAGAAUAUAUUAGGAGCUAUGAUACUACUUGCACACUUCAAUAAUUUUAUGGGAGAUGAAUAUAGACCAUACGACUUGUUGUUUGGUUUGGAGAGUAUCUGAAAGUGCACUUCGUCGGACGUAACCGGUAAGACUGAUAGAAAAGAUGAAAUUGGUGCUUUGCAAUGACAAAUGUAAUUAAGAUAAUGUUUUGUGGCGUUGGAAUUGUUCUAGCUAGCCUAUUUCCCACAGAAGAAAAAUGGUCAUUAAGAAUAUUAGCAACCUGUGGAGGUUCUUUUACGAUUUUGUUGCUCUUAUUGAUGUCCUUAAUAGCAGUUACAAUUUUGGUCUUCUUUCUGCGAUACAAGACGUCAUUUAUUCUUUCCCAUGUCUUUUUCAUGUUCGUUUUGUGGCGUUCGAAAUAAUCCUGAUAGUAUAUCUUUUUCCUAGACGUAUAUCUGGCUGCAAAUUUUUUUUCUAUAAUAUUUGUAUUUGUCUUCGUCACCGGACACAUGCAAUUUGUUUUUAACCAUAAUGGACGCUUUUAAUCCAGUAGUAAUCCAAGGCUUAGAAAGCUGUUUGGCUUUACGCUUUGAUAACUUUGUAAUGGCAGCAUGUUUAUUUACAGUCUUAUUAAAUUUCUUAUAAAAAGUUGAAGAUAAUUUGUCAGGAUCAAUUGAAUGAUUUAUGAGGAUACAUUCCCAGGCAACUUCAGAGAGUUUCUUAUUGAAUUGGUCAGCGGAAAAUUUAGAAAAAUCGCAUAUUUUGGUGGUGUACGCUCAAUAGAUAGAAUGAUAGAAACAGCGGUGUGUUUCUAUAAUGAAUGUACGGUUAUCAGUGACAAAAUAGGGUUUAUCGUAUCGUUGAUCCUGAUUUCUGUUGCACACUUGUGUUUGAAUUGUCAAAUAGUGCAUCCACUAGCAGUCUUUAUAAACCUUGAUGUUGCACUAUAAUCUCUUUUAUUUGUUUAUUUUAGAAAACUUGCAAAACUUUCUUCUAUUUGGAAAUAAGAGAAAAAACACUUUUACGCAUUAUUACAAGAAAGUUAUGUAGGAACUGUCUUACAUAACAACAACAAACAAACAAACUGAACGUUAUUGACAGCAAUGAAAGCUAUAGCACAUACACACUACCUACAUUUAGCAAAAGCUAUGGGAGGCAGGUAGUGUACAUGAACUGAUGCAUUUUAAGAUAUUUUUAAUGUUGAAACAAGAAAAAUACAGAAAGAUCUUUGAAUUACAAUAGUUACUCUUAAACCGAGGUCGGAAUAAGAAGGUGAUAAGCUUUGAAUAAUGCUUUAUCAAUGCAUGUUUUGUGUAAUUUUUUUUUCAGGAUUAUAAAUUCCAAAAUCCAUUUUACGAGCCUCCUAGUGUCCUCGCGUCUGCCAGACAUGAGAACGUUACCAGUGUUCUGUGGAUGAAGGCUGAUGGUCGUUUUGGCAAUGCUUUAAAUGCUUGGAUAGAGGUAAGUAGUUUCCUAGACCAUAUACAGCCAUGUAACUUUCCUUAUUUAUUGAAACUGAUGUUAUAGAGUUCUUUUUCAAGUGCCUCCACACUCCGAGUAAGUGAGUAAAAAUGAAUUAAGGGCUCGAAGUGGCUGCAACGCUCUUAUAUUUGACUAGAAUUAAAUUCCUCAGUCACUACUGUCAUUUCAACAUCGGUUUUGUACCGAGCAAUUUUUAAUUUUUUUUUUUCAAUUUCAAAUGUGGGCAAGAAAAAGAGUGGCGAAUAAAAGGACUUCAUUCAAUUUCAUUAAAAUUGAGUCAGUCGAAAAAAUUGGCUUAGAUAAUUCUAAAAAGUUUUUUCUGCACAUACUUUUCUUGCGUAUGGAUUUUUUACCCCACAAAAGAAAUACCCACGCCUUAAAAAUCUAGGAACAAGGAACCUACUUUUAAAGACGCAGAAAGCUCCACUUUUUUUUUUUCCAUCUUACUUGGAUAGACUAUGGAAAUUUUUGAAGUGCUAGAUACUUAGUUAUAAGUUUAAUAUUUAGUUCAUUGUUUAGGAAUUCUAUAAAUUUUUUUUGUAACUUUGAACUUUGACUGGAGUAGAAAAUUGAUCGAACUGAACAGUAUUUCUUGCUAAAUUUGUAGCAGUUGUACCUGAAUGAAUGUGUUGUCUUCUAGGAAAUCACUCGUUUGUCUUUCAAAGUGUGCAUCAAGGACAGCCAGGGAAUAAGCAAGUCUCACGAUCCAGUUACAGUGGACUAUGCAAUUAUGGGAGGUAAUUUGUUGUUUCCAUGGCAUGCAAAAAAAGGAAAACUUUAGUUAAGAUAAGAAGCAGUUUCAAAAUCGAAGAAAGAAAAUAAAAACAAGAAAGAUAAGUUUUUGGACAUACACACAUGUAGGGAAGGUCUUAAAAAGGCAUUGUCUUCUGUAAUUCUUCUGACUUAAGUCUAGCCCUGCAUGCCGAAUGGAGUAAUAUUUUUCCGAAAAAUGUAUUAUUUUUAGCCCUUUAUGCUUCAGGAAGAUUUCUGAUAGGAGUUUAGAAGAAAAAUUGGUUAAAUUCCUGUCGUACGAAGUGAUUUUGUAUUUUUUCUCAAAGAUAUUGACCCGUGCACAAAUGUUACUUGCGAGUACCAUGCUAUCUGCAAAGCUUUCUCUGCAUUUGAUGCCCGUUGUGUUUGUGAUGACAACUGCCCGUCGUACGAAGAGCCUGUGUGUUCAUCUAACUCGACAACAUUCAAGAACAAGUGCUUUUGUCUGCUGGACAUUUGCAAACGCAAAAGUAACCACACGCUUUAUCAUCCUGGCAGCUGUACCGGUAAAAUUUCUUACACUUUUUUACUUUACUUCUUUGUUGCCAGCUAAAAAGCAUGAGACGAUCUAUUAGGCCUGAGUCAGGAUUAAGUAUUGCUUUUGUUUCCGCUCUCUCAGCGCAUGUCCCUCUUGCUCCCUCCACACACAUACUCCCCAUCACCAUAGAUGAAUUGAUAGAGAAAUUCAUACCGGCUUUUUCUAUAAUUAGCUCAUGAUGUCACUUUUGUUUACUUUGUUAAUUUGGUAAUCUAAUUUGCUGGAUGCGAGCUACCUGGAUGUAUCACUUUAAAGGGCAUUUAAUCCUGGCAUUGUAGCAAAAACUCUUUCUUGUUCCUCCAUCCUCAUUUGUUUUAACUCUUCGCAUUUGUAUACUUCUUUAGGCUUUCCAGUUCAGACCGGGCGGGUUUCACUCAAAAGACGUGUAAGAUCGGCUGAGACGGCCUGUAAAGUGGUGAAAUUUCCACCAUUCUCCUUCUAUCCAGACAAAGAAGUACACGUACAAAUAACGACCAAUCACUGGAACAUCAGCAGGAAAAAUUUUAUACACGAUGCCACAGUUUCAUGGGUGCACACCGUUAACUACGAAAAUUUUGAGGUGAAAGUUAAAAAUAAUGUUUUAGUUUUUCCUAAUGGACAGCGGUCUACCAAGUGUUAAUAUUUUGUAACUCUGUAGGAUUUAAAAAUUUCCAUACUCGGCUUGUAUGUUUUUAUUUCUAUUAACCUUUUUAUUGACGAUUUGUAAAAAAUUCAUUUACUGUUCCUUAACUGCUGACGUAAUUACUGUUUAAUUAAUGUUCUUUAAUUCCUGUCUUUCUUCGACAAUUUCACAACUUGUACUACUUUUAUCAUUUUAAUUUUGCUCAUUCUGUAUGUCUUGUUUAUUCUGAAAAAUUAACAUUAUAUAACAUGCAAAACUUGGCUUUAGAUUUUUCCCUUGUAUGUAUCUAUGUGUGAUUAAUCCAUCAAAAACUGCUCGAAAUAUCGGUGCGCUAUUUAACUCGUCACUUUCUAUGGAAGAACAUAUUAAGGCUUCCUGUAAAUCUGCUUUCUUCCAUUUAAGUAACAUAGCUCGAAUACGAAAGCACUUGCUAGCACAAGCAGCAGAGACCUUGAUCCAUUCCCUUGUGAUCUCAGAAGUUGAUUUCUGCAAUUCACUUCGUUAUGGUGUUCCUAAUCAACUGAUACAAAAACUCCAAAGCGUUCAAAACUCACCAACAAGCGGGAACACAUUAAACCUGUGAUAAAACAGCUUCACUGGCUACCUGUUGAGUUCAGGGUUCCAUAUAAAAUCCUACUCAGGACUUUUAAGUGUUUAAAUGACACUGCUCUUGCUUAUCUUAAAGAUUUAAUUCACCUGUCUACGCCAAACUGCAGUCUGAGAUGAAACUCGAAAAACAUACCUAGCUCAUGAGCAAUACCACCUGAAAAGUUAUGGUCCGGUUAGAGCCUUCACAAUUGCAGCACCCAUUCUCUGGAAUGCACUCUCAGAUAGGCUCAGAGACCAUUCAAAUUUUCUAUAUCUUCUUAUAAGAAAUAAAUUAAAACACAUUUAUUUAAAAUAGCUUUUUAACAUGUGAAUUUUCUACUGCUGAUUUAAUUAUUCUUUUUUUUUUUAAUAAUUCCUUAUUUUACUGUGAAGCGCUAAUUAACUUUACGGAAUUAGCGCUAUAUAAGUGUUACUUAGAUACAAAUAAAAUCUCAAUCGACCAAAUAACUGUUGAAUUGUAUCUUAAGGUCUGCGUGACAGCAGCAGGAAGAAAUGACCGCUCUAUCCAAGAAUUUGCCACCGUGGACUGGAUGGCAUACCAAGGAGCACCUGAUGGUGGUGUGACAGGAAAAUCACGCAUUUCACAAUGGUGGACUGGAUCACAGUGUAAAGAAGUUAACCUUCCUCAGGUAAUUGUCAUUUUUGUGUCUAUUUUCUGGAAGUGCACUUGGAGAUUGUUUUUUAUUAUUAUUAUAUUUUUGGCGGGGGGGGGGGGGGAGGGGCCGGGGGGUAAAGGUGGGGGGAUAUAUUAGUUUAUUUUAUGGAGGAUGGGGGAAGGAANGCGGGGGGGGGGGAGGGGGGGGCGGGGGCUAAACGUGGCGAGAUAUAUUAAUUGACAUUAUGGAGGAUGGAGGAAGGAAAAAUGUAAGAUUUUUAGAUGCUUGAAAAAUAAAGUUUGAAGUGAAUAAUUGAUAAUAAAAGACCGAUCCAUCAGGCCCUGCUCCCCAGGGAGCUUAUUCGCAGGCUAAACCCCUUAGAACUGCGAAAACAAUCAUUCAUUCAUGCACUAGAUUUUGAAUACAUGACAAAUGUUUGUCUUCUGCCAAGGAGGUUAUAAAGCAUAAACCAUGCAACAGAAACUAAAAAUUAUGAAACAAAACAGACAAAACCGGCCUUAUACACUUGAAGGUUAAACUCGUUGCGGCCAGAAACUUAACCACCAUAUGAAAAGGCAAUGCAUAAAUCGAAAAAAGUCAUUUACUACGAACAUGCACUGAGAUCGUGGUUUAUUUUUCAUUCUGAGCUUUUUGUUUUGGAUGUGUUCUUAAAUUCUUAAGAAAUUAACAAUAUUAAUAAGUCUGGAGAUACGACUCACCUUUUGUGAUUUGCCUUAACGACUGCUUCACAGGGAAAGUUUGCUACUGCGCCAACAGCCCUGGUUACAGCAGAACAUAUUAGUGCAGCCUUCAAGCAUGAUGCCGCAAGUUUGUGGGUGGAAAACGCAACCAGUUCCUCCUUUUACAUUUGUCUUCGAGAACUACAGAAUUAUGAUGGUCUACAUGAAGAUAUCUUUGUGGUAGUUUGAUUGUUAUCUUUUUUCUGAGGGAUGCACAUUAAGAACCGUACAGAAAAAAAGCACAUGUCAAAAAAUUUUAACGAAACGUAUGUAAAAGAGAAAAUAAUAUAUAAAAAAAGAAACUUCACAUUGUAGCAAAUGGUGGUGAUAGACAUUUCUCAAGUGGUCUAAAAACAGUGAGUGGUAUGCAUGUCAUAACAUUUCAAGUUUCCAAUUCCAUUUUUUAUAAAGCGACAGAUAAACGGUUCUUAAUAGUACAACGGAAGCGCAGACUGCAAUUAAAGAGUACUGCGUAUUCAGAGUCGGAUCAUGUUAGUCAUACCUUGCUUGGUAUUUUUAAUCUGUCAGUAAUCAGUUCGCAAUCAAUUUUGAUCAAUUAAUCAAUCACAUAAUUCUUCCAAAUGGCUGUUUUUCGAGAAUAGACGUUUUACAGUUGUGAGCUUAUUAUCCUAGCCUUUGGGUGAACGGAAGGCUGAGUUUGACCUAGCUUGUUUUGAUACAGACCUCUUUUCAUGGAAAUUAUGCUUAAAGAUACUAGUUAGCAUAAGAACGACAUGAUUUACAUAACAAAACAGAAGGGGUUGAAUCAAAAUAAGGGUUAUUUACCAUUUGGGCAAUCAAGUCGAUUUACGGUUUGGGUAAAUGGUAAGCAAAACUCACGACUUGUAAAUUUCGUCCCGGAAUGGCGUUUACCAUUUGUACAAAUCAGUUCUAUUUUCCGAAAAACGGCCGCAAAGGCCUGAAACUGGUAUCAAAGAUGGCUUUGAAGAAAUGGUAAACGAAUUUCCCUUUGGAGAAUUCCGUCUGGACAAACAAGACUACCUUCCCAGAUGUUCCGUUGUUGCUCCCGGAAAUUUUCCGUUGGAACGACCCAUGGAGUCGUGAUCCAUUUACUUUCCAACCGAAUUUUUCUGGAAACUCUUUCGUAAAUGGUAAACAACUCCUUGUUUCCACCUGUAACUGUAAAAUUGACUAUUAACGAGACGGCAUCUAACGUAAUGACUGGUUUUUAAAUCAAGAACAGCAGGUACUAGGUAUAUGUAAUCAUCAGAAGAUUCCUUUGAAAUCAAAUCACUCUCGACUGCUGAACAUUACUUUUUCAGAAUUGGAUGGUCUUUGCAAUAAUCCACCGGCCCCUUUUUGCCGAGAGCAAACAAGUGCAAUUUCCAAACAACAACCCUGUUUCUGCGAACAACAAUGGCGCAUUUUGUAAGGUAAGAAACAGGUGUAAACGAAAGCUACAAUCUUGGACUAAAUUAAUGGAAAACUUAGAUCCCCCUCCCCCUAUAUCAAAGAUGGAAAAAUGACACGUUUUUGCCCUUCGCGCGGCUUCAUCCUAGAUUUGAGGUGGGGGGACGGGGAGGGGAAGAUGAGGGUUUGCUGUUCCAUUCAAUUCUGUCAAAGAUUGUAGAUCUCUGAUUGUGUAGAGAAAUGCAAGCUGAUAUUCAACAAGUCCAAAUCGUUUCUUUGUUUCGUUUUAUUGUUGUUGUUGUUUUUUUCUUGGCUGCAUCUGACUGUGAAACGCCUUAAGCAAUCUCAACCAUAAUCUUUUGACAUGCUCUGUGCUCUGAAGGAAUUUUGUCAGAAAUGGAAACCGGGUAAUGGAACGUAUUUGUUUUACUCCAUUCUAUAGAUAAUACAUUAGUUGUAAAAUAUUAAUCAGUACAAGGUUGUUUCAGCUACGUGCAAAUAAGAAAAAAAAGAAAAAAAUUAGAAUGGAGAAGGGCACAUUAUAGUAAAACUAAUUAUGGCCCUUUAACAAGAUUGACGCACGCACGCACACACGCACACAAGUCAAUAUUGAGCAAGAUAAUUUUUUUAAGUGCCUUUUUGAACAGGAUUUUCGAUGAUUUAUUGCGAUUAGAAAGGGGAAGAUUGUUCCUUUCUUUGACAUAUUCAAAUAAAAGACACCAACAGGAACUCUUACACAAAAAACUAAAUUAUUUAAACACGCAAAAAAGACAACAAAUAACACCAAACUAGCCAGCUUUAAAAGACGCGGCCAUCAUCAUCGCUGACCGCUGACCAGGGAACGUCUUUAAGUUAACCUUGUUCCACCUAAUUUCUUCCUAUAAAAAGGGUGUUUUUCUACUUUCUUCACUUUCUUCACGGCAGCGCUCUGCUAGGAAAACCUUGGAUAUAGAUUUUGACACUUAUAUCUUAUGUAGCAUGAAUUAACAAAAUGGUGUGCUUUGAACUUAAUUUACUAUAUAUUUAUUUAAUAGCCUACGCUUUCUACCCCUAGGACGUGCAAUUUGCAAGAAAUUACGACAAAGAACCCAUAGUAGUGAUAGCAGCCAGUCAUAACUCAGAGGGCAACAACCUAAAACCAAUACAUAUGUCUGUUACUGCUUGGGUUGAGGUAAAUUAAAGUAGGACGGAAAUGUUGAAGUCAUAUAAUAAAAAGGUCAGAAGCAAAAGAAUACUUCACUUUUUUAUGUCAAGAAGUGAAGAGAUCUAUGUGGAAGUUUAUUAGGCCCGGUUAAAACGUCAUAUUUCACAUGUGCCGAACCUACCUUAAAUGAGCGGGGACAAUAGAUUUUCCUCAUUUGCCGGCUAAAUUUAACACAUAAGAAAAUGCGACGUUUAAACCGGGCCCAAAACAAUGUACAUGUAGCAAUAUUUACACAAAGGACCAUUCCAAAGAACUUGAAAGUUUUUAACACUGUUAAUUAAGUCUAAAGUUUCUUGCUUUUUUGGCUAUUUUUUCAUACACCUUUCUUAAGUUCUGAAGUCGAAAUGAAUUCACGCCUUUAAUCAAAUUCUAUUUCCAGACAUUCCUACAGUGCCUUACUGAUCAGCUUGAUAAGGCGAAGUUCUCCAGUAUAUUUGACCUUUAUACACGUACUAACAUUAAGUAUUCACAUUCUUAUCUUUAUUACUAAAACUGUUUUGUAAGAAACACAAUUAUUUGAUAUGAGUGUAAAGAAUUGAAAAAGAAGGUUUGUGACAUCACAUGAUUUCAUAAAUCUCCUUUUCGAAUUUUGAGGCAGCCAUCUUGAACCCGCUGUUGCCCAGUUAACGAUGAAGUUAGCAAUUAUUGCAACGAUUUCUUUUGCCAAACCAUCUUUAACCAAGUUUUUAAAAAAUUAAAACUAAUAAAACAGACGGCUUAAAGAAGAGAAAUCAUACCAUCGAGAAAGUGUUUGCCAUUGAAACGUCAAUCACCAUAACAUGUAAUCAUUGAAUGAUACAUUAAUUGCUUUCCACAUAAAUUUCACAAAAGCCCUGAAAUUUGGCGGGUUGUCGUUUAGGGGGCUCAAAAUUUUAAAUAAGCAAAGUGAGCGCGGACACUUUUGCCCUAUCCCAGGCUAAACUCUCCAUUUAUGGUGCUGAGAAAGAUUUUUGCGUUGGAAAGGAAAUUUAGCUUGUUUUACAAAGGAUAUUAUUUAUUUUACAGCACAUUAAUACAAGCGAAUUCCGCAUUUGUCUCAAAGAGUUGUACGCUGACCAGCAUGAUCCUGUAAAUGUAUCAUACGCUGUACUUGCAGGUGGGUUUAGCGGCAAACACCCCACACACCCCCCCCCCCCCCCCCCCCCCCCCCCCCCCCCCUUUUUUUUUUCAAAACNUUGCUACUCAACCAGUCAAACAUGCAAGAACUGGACUGAAGCCCAGAAAACUUGCCAAUCAUACAGCGCUAAUCUCAUUAGUGUACGAAACCAAGAAGAGAACGUCUAUAUUCAACAUAGGCUGAAUGGCGCUAAGGGCUGGAUUGGACUAAGCGAUAGAGACACGGAGGGAACCUUUAUCUGGGCAGAUAAUCAACUCAGUAACUUCACAUACUGGGCUACGAACCAGCCAAACAACUUCAACAAUGAAGAUUGCGUUCACACUUUGGGAGUCAGACAUAGUUUUAUGUGGAAUGAUGUGAGCUGUGACACCUGCCAUAACUACACCUGUUCAGAAGGUAUCUAGAACCGUUUGCACUCUCUUGUAUAACCCUUAUCACUAAAGGAUUCCCAGAACGUCGUUUCCUUGUUAGCUGCUAAAAACAAUCAUGGCAGAAUAGUACCAACAACAGUAAAACAUAUUCAUUAGUAAUAUCGUAUUUGUUUGUAUUUCUUUGAUUGCUUAAUCUGCCGAUCGAUUGAAUAGUCGACUGUUCUUUUUAGUGCUCAAUGCUGUAUACGUCGUUUUUGUUUCUUCCAAGCAAUGUAUUGUUAACCUUUAUUUUUAUUUAUUUAUUUAUCCAUUUUAACUAAGAUCUUGAUGAAUGUGGAGGGAAUAAUCACCAUUGUCACCAGAAUGCGGUCUGUACAAACACAAUCGGCUCCUAUAAAUGCCAGUGCUCAACAGGAUAUACCGGUGAUGGCUUGAAUUGCACAGGUAAGAAUGUCCUAAUAUUAUUCCCCUUUCAAAAUACUAGCGGGAUAAUAAUAAAAAACCAUGAGCUUUCCAAAUAUUUUUAUUUAUAUUUUUUCAUUUAUUAAUUAAAAAUCCGAAUUCAAUUAUUGUUUUUAUUGUUCAUCAAAAUACUACAGAGCUCAUAACAUGUUUCUUUUAUGCUAAAUUCCUGUCUUCAUCAUCCACAUUUGUCUGUUCCUCGGCAUAUGAAAGAAAUCUAGGGAUGUUUUAUUCUUGCAGAUGUUCUUUACAGAGCAGUUGUCUUCCUUUGAGCGGUAUUUUUGGGUAUUCAUGCUAUGUUUUUGAAGCCGAAAUUCGGCUAUUUCGUCUUCACAAGAAGUUAGCAAUCUUCGAUCCGCUAUUUUCAGUAGCUCUGCCCUGUCAAAACAACUAGGCUAGCACACCAAUACUUUGCUUAGUUGACGUUAGUCAGUCCCGAUUUCAGUGUACUAUUUUACGAUUGAUGUCAAUCGUAAAAUAUUAGCAAACAUCUUCCAGUUUUAGACUUAGCGGGCGCGCGAAGGGGUUCAAGCCAAUCAGAACGGAGACCUUUUUGAAUGAAUAUCAGUUGAAGUAGUGUUUGUAAGCUGAAAAUGGCACUACAAAUUCCUAUAUUGUGUUAGUGUUAAGAGGUUUUCUUUUCCUUGACUUUUAAGAUGUGGACGAGUGUUCUGCACGUCAUCAGUGUGACAGCAGUGCAACUUGCCAUAAUACAGAUGGAUCUUACACAUGCACCUGUGACAGUGGCUACUCAGGAGAUGGACGAACCUGCUAUGGUAAAUAAACUACUUGAUCAAAUGCGCAGGUUUCACAAAUAAAUCUUUCACAAAAGGAAGGGAACACGAAUUUUGGCCUUUCUCAAUUUUUUUGCAUUUCAGAGCUAUCCAUUCUAAAAGUUAUAACACUAAAAAAAACGUUCAACUUCAAUUUCCCCAGCCAGCUUGCUCAAAACAAAACUCCCAAGUUCAGUACAUGGACGGAAUAUUGCUACCCUAUGAUCCAUGGAGAUGGACACACCUUAGUAAUCGGAAAUAUCCAACUAACUUUGAAGAUACAAAACUCGAAAUAGAUUUUCCCUGUCGGAGGAUCACAGGUCCCGACUGCUGGCAUUCGGAAUGGCAUUGCCUUCGCUUUAUAAGAGUUGUAUUCCCUCGUUUUAAAAUAUGAAAACAGAACAAUUAUAAUAAAGAAGGAAACUCUCAAUAGAGGCUGAUUCAAUGAACAUAAGUGAAAGAAUUACAGGUAUACGCCUUGUGUCUUUGUAAUAGGACAAUUGCAUGAUGACGUCAUUUUGCUAAAAAUACCAGAAUCCUUCAGUUAUGACUAAUUCUGCCUUUUUUCUUCUUCUUCUUCUUCUCUUUUCUUUAAUUUUUAUCCUGGAACUCCCUCAUUAGGAAAUGGUAUAAUCUUUCAUUUCAGACGUAGAUGAAUGCUCACUCCACACUCACGACUGUCACGCAAAUGCAAUCUGCACCAAUACAGUCGGGUCAUUUACUUGCAAGUGCGACGUGAACGCGCAUUACAUUGGCGACGGAAAGACUUGUACUUCCCACCGUAAGCUAACCUAUUUUAAUUAGAUAAUUAAACUAGUAAUAACCAAAGGUUACGCAGUGCGGGCGACAAAGCUCGAAGGUCAAAACGCUUUUGCUCAAACGCUGUGCUUUGCGUAAGUUUCACACGAUAGAUAUAGUCAAAACACGCGUGGUUAAAUCACGAGUGAGAGAAGGUCCGCACGUGCGUGAUAAGAUUGCGUUUCCAUUCAUUUUUAGUGGAGGUCCACACGAAGUUGGCUACAUACGUGCUAUAGCUGCCGUAAGGCGACUUCUUUUACUGAUCAGCGCUAACAAUAGACGUACAACUUUAUUCCAAUUUGAGUCGAAGGUUACAGCAAAAAGCAAGAUAGUAGGCUAUUGACCCCAAAGACUCGACUGAUUUUAGAUCCGAUGUACCGUAAUUUGUCGUUUUUGAUGUGUUGUGUUGUGGUUUAAACUGAAAUACAAGGUAAAAAUAAAACUUCAGAAAUACUGCGAGCGCAAAAGAAAUACAGCAAAAAUGAAGCGAAUGUACAACGCACUUACAUUGUUUUGGCGCAAAACUUCUGACCACAAAAGAGAUACUCGUGACAGGAAACUACUACUUAGUGCUCUUGAAGAAACAACGUUAAAAUAAAAGCUGAACUGAACAUGCUAGAAGGCGAGUUAGAACAAAAAUGCAAAUAAGGGCUGGGUGCACGUGCGAUUCCUAUGGGAGUUGAUUAACAGCUAAAUUGUUCUUUACGGAGUUAGAUAUGAUAUCUCGGCUCCUAAGUGAGAGCUCUAAAGCGAAUCACUUAAAAAACGACAGAGUAACAAACUAGACAGUCUAAGCGAAUGUCAAUUAACCAAUGUCAAUCUAUGUGACUCAGUGUCCAUGUUCCCUUUAAUUGAACAGUCUCCUUCAAUCAAAGGCACAGCUUGUCAACGGGCCUUUCGAAGAGAGCCGUCUUGGUACGCACUUUAACCCGUCGAACAAAACCUCUCCCGUCUGGGAAGGUCUCUACGAUUCUUCCUAGCGGCCAGGAAUUUCGGUGCGAAGAUUCAGUCGCGACAAGGACAACAUCGCCAAAUUCCUCUUAGGGCGCACCCACUUUUGUCUAAGUUGCAAAAGGGAAAGGUAUUUCUUGCUCCAUCGUCUCCAGAAAAUAUCCGCAUGAUAUUGAACUUGCUUCCACCUACGACGCGAAAAUGAAUCUUCCUUCAUGAAUAGACUAGGUGGCAAAGUGACUUCUGACUUAAGCAACAACACGUGAUUCGGUUUCAGGGGCUCCAUAUCGUUUAGUGUGAUGGGCCGACUGUUCAUGAUGCUCUCUACUUCACACAUAAAGGUAACUAGACUUUCGUCUUCAGUGAUUUGCUCUCGAGGCAAGGCUUGCAGAAUCUUCCGAAUGGUACGUAUACAUCUCUCCCAAAAGCCGCCGAAGUGAGACCCAUAUGGAGGGUUGAAGGACCACUUGAUGUGCUUCUGUAACAGAGAAUUGUGGAUUUUUCCUUGAUUCCAAUCUGAAAUAGCGUCUCGCAGCUCUCGCUCACCACUGGUGAAGUUCGUCCCGUUGUCCGAGUAAAUCUCUCUCACCUGGCCUCUCCCGGCAAUAAAACGACGCAGGGCAAGCAGUAACGAGGCUGUAUCUAGACUGUUAACCACUUCAAUAUAAACAGCCCGAAUCGCAAGGCAUGUAAAAAACACGCCGUAACCCUUUACGAGGCUACGCCAACUUUUGACAUGAAAGGGGCCAAAACAGUCUGCCCCAACUGCUGUAAAGGAUGGCUUGUCAGGCAAAACGAGACUACCUGGUAAAUCGGCCAUUUUCUGUUGACAAAGGGGCGCCUGUCGACGACGGCAGCUGACACACUUUGAAAGGACGCCUUUGACAGUAGAACUUACUUGGAGAAUCCAAAACCUCUCUCGAAUUAAGGCUAGGACGUGCUCUCUUUCGGAGUGGCCGCAAAUGCUGUGGUAGUCGUAGAUUAUCAACUUAGUACCGUGGUCUUCCUUUGGGAGAAUAAUCUGAUUCUUUGUCUCCGAGGGUAAGGACGCAUUGCGCAAACGACCCCCUAAGAAUAAAAGCCCAUCGAUAACGUGUGGAUCAAGCUUGUAAAGGCGGCUACUCUUCUUAACAAUCUUUAUGGGGUAGUUAAGUUCUUCCGGGAAAGCCCUUCCUUGCACGUGCUUUAGAAUUUCUUUCUCGGCUCUCUCAAGCUCUGUAAGGGUGAUGUACUUUGGAGCGUCAUGCUUCGACCUUUUCUUGCUCGCGUUUAAAAGGUUUUCUCGGUAGCGCAAGAGCCAGGCGACAACUGUCUUCAAGCGAGCCCAGGAAGAACAUUUCAGGAAGUAGUCUGAGAGGAAACUAUCUGCUUGUCCAGUGACAUGCGUACCUGAACUCCUGGUUUGACCUCAGGGUCUUCGUUCGAAACGCUUCCAAACGCUUCUGUCUGCACUGGCCAUUCGUGCUCGGGUUUCCAAAGGAAUUCCGGCCCCAUUAACCAGCUACUUUGGCAAAGGAAGUUGCCUGCUGUCAAUCUUCGGGAGGCGUCGUCAGCAGGGUUCAUGUCGCCAUGGGCAUGUUUCAAUUGAUCGGGGUUGGAGCCAUCGCGAAUCACAGCGAUACGGUUGGCUACGAAGGUGUGGUACCGGUUUGUCUCAUUCUUGAUAUAACGCAGCACUAUGGUGCUAUCUGUCCAGAAGAUAGACUGGGCAUCGUUCAGUACCUCUAAUUCUCUCCUUAAGAUCUUGUCUUGCUUGAUGGAGAUUGUUGCAGCAGAUGACUCGAGGGAAGGGAUCAUAAUCGUUUUCAAAGGUGCUACUCGUGACUUUGCGCAGAGGAAGGAGCAAUGAAUGUCGCCUUGGUUGUUGACAUUACGAAGAUAGGAAACUGAUCAAAUCCGACCUCAGAAGCGUCCGAGAAAUGUUGGAGCUGGCUCGAAGAGAUGACGUUGAAACCAAAUGGUUUGAUGCAGCGGCUUACGGAGAACUGAGAUACCUUCGGGAGAUCCGCCAACCAUUUCUCCCAACGAACCUAUAGUUGUGAGGGAACCGGGUCAUCCCAUUGUAACUUCAUGCGACAUAAAUCCUGAAGCAACUGUUUAGCCGGCGACAGGAACGGGGCUGCGAGUCCAAAGGGAUCGUAAACGGAGCUGACGACUGAGAGAAUGCCUCGCCGCAUGGGUGGCUUGAGCUUGAAAUCCACCUUGAAACCAGAGUUGUCUGUUUCAACACACCAUUUAACACCAAGAGCCCUCUCAACUGGAAGGUGGUCUUUGCUUAGAUCGAUAGCUUUCACAUCUUUGGCGUGCUCAUCCUCAGGUAUAUUUUCCAGAACUCUGUGACCAUUGCCUAUCCACUUUGUCAGCCUAAAACCGCCUCUUGAAAGCAGACAAAGCAGGUCGCUAGCAUGAUGUGAAGCUUCCUCAGCUGAUGGUAAGGACUCGAGGCAAUCAUCUACGUACAAAUUCUUCUUAACUGUUCUCACGACUUCUUCCGGGAAGUGAUUGCUGUUGUCUUCAGCUGUCUUGCGGAACGCAAAAUUGGAACAGGAGGGAGAAGAUGCGGCUCCAGAUUCGUGUACCACCAUCUGGUAUUCUUCCAGCUCACUUUGCAGAUUACCAUCAGGCCACAAGAGAAAACGAAAGUAAGUGCAAUCUUCAUUGGCUACCUUAACUUGGUAAAACAUUGCUUCUAUAUCCGCCAUUAGAACGACUCUCUCCUGUCUGAAUGUCAUUUAAACUCCAAACAGAGUGUUUGUUAAAUCCGGGCUGCUAAGCAGCAGAUCAUUGAGCGACUUGCCCUGGUAUUUUGCCGAACAGUCAAACACCACACGAAUCUUUCCGGGCUUGUGCGGAUGAUAAAUCCCGUGAUGAGGUACGCACCAUUUCAUAUUGGUUUCCUAGAGAUCUGCUGGCACCUUACGUGCGUAACCCUUUUCAAUAAUUGCAGACAUGAAACUCUUGUGGUCUUCGUAAAAAUUCUUAUUACGCUAAAGCUUCAUCAACCAGUGAGCGCGCUGUUCUGCUUGCGGUCUAUUGUUCGGCACUGGCGCAUUACAAUCCUUCAAAAGGCAACGCUAUUUCGUAAUGACCGUCCCUCAAGACCACUCUACUCUCCAGUUCCCUGGGACAUUUCUGGUCUAUCAUCAGCGCUGGAUUCGUUGAAAGCACUGUCGUAGAAAUCCUUCACCAUACGCUGCAAUUCGGGAUCAGCCUUAACAAAGAAACUUGUCACGCGCUGGCCUUUGUGAUGAAGUCCUAAGGGGCCGUUAACUACCCAACCGAUUCUCGUACGCGCGGCAUAUAUCACCGUCUUUACUGUGUUUCACUUCCAAAGGAUCGAAGACUAUGGGGACGUCACAAGCUAUGAGAAGACCGCUUUCAGCGUCAACUUCAGGUAGGUAAACUCCACUCAAGUGUGGCCAUCGGUCGACAGCGCUCUGGGUGGGUAUGUCCUCUUUAGAAACAGGUAUUUCUGGUCUCGUACACAUUGCUGGCAGCUCAAUAAAGACGUUCUGGCCGAGAUCGGAGAUGGUUAAACCUUUCACUACGAAGCGAUCAAUAAUACUGUCUUUCUUUUCCAAAGUUGUCAAGGAGAUCUGAUCUCUCGAGCCGCUGACGCCCGGUUGCUUCAUUAAGGACUCUGCUCAGAAUGUUGAAGUGCUACCGUUGUCCAGGAACGCAUAGGUAAUCACUAGUGUUCUCGCCGUUCUUGACCAGACCUUGAUUGGGACAAUACCCACACCACCUUUCAAGCUCGCCAGGUUCGCCAUUCCGUUGCGAACCUGCGUGGAAUCCUCGCGGGUCGAAUUGCUUGCGGAGGGAGUGUCAUUGGAUCGAUUUCGACCAGCAGUGUUCGUGCGAAGAAUUGUAAGAUGUUUCCUGCCACAGUUAGCUACCGUUCAUAUUUUCCUUUCUGGGCAGACUCUGGCAUUGUGACCAGUGGGUAAACAACCAAAGCAAAAGUGUUUUGACAACAGGAACUGAAUUCGGUCUUGAUAUGGGAGACGUCUAAGUACCUCGCAGGUCUCCAAGGCAUGGCCAGAAUUGCAGAAAGUACAUGAGACAUUUCCAACUGAGGGGGUCGUUCCAGAAGGUGGCUCUUCAGGAGGUAAAUUCUGGUCACCGCCCACCUGCGCAGCAAAGCUUUUCUUACUUCCAUCAGAUCCGCUCUUUGUUCAACCGCUUCUAGGUUCUUGUUUUGGCUUUGCAUCCUCUGUAAUCUUUCCGGAUACUGGAUUGGCGGCUACUCUUGCCUCAUUAUCCACGAACUUGGCAAGGUCGCGAAACGUAACAGAGCGUUCCUCUGUUUCCAUAAUGUCCACCAAACGGCGCCAUGUUUUUCUCAUAUUGAAAGGUAACUUCAGGAUGAGCUUCUGUGCAGUAUCGGGACCUCAUGAGAAAUAUUGAAAAUCUGUUAAGGGCGGUGCUGUCCUCAGCUUUCAACCCAGGCCAGUUCAGCGCCUUGCUUUCGUAGGCCGAUGCAACUCGAUAAUCGUCACCAAACUUCUUUUUCAUCAGACUUCGGGCUUCCCUGUAUCCCUUGUCAGGUGGGAGGUAAUGGCACGAUCGAACAAGCUCUUUGACAUCCCCACUGGUAAACUGCUCGAGAAAGUACAGCCUCUCGCUACUACAUUGUACUGGACGUUUUGGACUCAAUCACUUUUUCGAAGGCUCUUACAAAGGCUCCGUACUCGAUAGGAUCACCGUCAAAAAUCGGAAUCCGUUGGUAGCUGAACUUCUGACCGCAAAAGAGAUACUCCUGACAGGAAACUACUACUUAGUGCUUUUGAAGAAACAACGUUGAAAUAAAAGCUGAACUGAACAUGCUAGAAGGCGAUUUAGAACAAAAAUGCAAACAAGGGCUGGGCGCACCCGCGAUUUCUAGGGGAGUUGAUUAACAGCUAAAUGGUUCUUUACGGUGUUAGAUACGAUACGUGCGUUGCAUGUGUAAUAGCAACCUAGAGAGUGGGAUUGCGCGGGCUCCUCUUGUGGCCCGCAAUAAUUUAUCGGCUCAUAAAUGUGCUCUUUUUUUGUACUUAAAGAGAGCUGUGUCACGGUUGGCUAGUCCACUUUGUUUAUAGCUGCCAAUCACGCGUCCUUAUUCGCUACGGCACUGGAGAAAACUUGAAUACAAAAUCAUUGCUUCGUGUAAAAAAAAAUGUGUCUCCUAAGAAUUAUUUUAAACGUUACCAACAACAAAAAUGAAAAACUGUUAGCUAACAAGUUUUCAAAAACCACAAGUUCAACCCAUUUCAUUCUUUAAGUUUCUCUAUCUGAGCGGUUUUUGUAUUUGCAUUGUUAUUAUUCCUUGUUUGAACAUUUUGAGUUGUCAUUUUUAAGUUCCACUCAAUUUGGUGGGAGUUCCCACUGUUUAAAUUUUGAAGAGUUUCUUGACACAGCUCCUUUGAUAAGUAAUUUGCUUCAGGCACGAUUUUGUCCUUGGAUAAAUUUCAGUAUUAAAGGUCCAGCUGGUUGUGAGGAGCUUUGGCAGUCGAUACGCGCGCUUUAGUGACCUCUACUGCUUUGGAGAGGUGGCAGUUGUGAAGUUUUGCGAAGAUGUGGUAGUUGCCAACAUGCAGUUGUCAGGUCUUUGUUGUCAGGUCUUUGCUUCUUUGCUUUUAGGACUAGUUUGGUCAAAAAGAGCAAAAAAAUUAAUUAAAGCAACUAAAGGACAGAUUUUGGUUUUCUUUUCUUUCAGGUGGCCUCGGUAACUCAGUCAUUUUAUCGAAUGACUUCGGCAAGAGAUCACAGUUAAAUACCUGGCUUCUUCCCCACUUGCAAAGUUCGGACAAAAGUUACUGGAAACUGUGUUAUAGAGCCACUAGUCACGGUUGGAGCUCACAGACCUUUCACAGUUAUUGUGAUAACAAGGGGCCCACUGUAACUAUUGUAAGGGUUGGAAGCUACAUUUUUGGGGGUUACAACGGCCAUUCGUGGCAAUGUAAGUCUGCUAAAUAAAACGGUACUAAGUGGGGGAGGGGGGUGUGACUGGUUGAAAUCUAAGCCAUUAACUCCAGAGUGUUUUAACACAUCACCCGUUUAAAAAGGGGCGAUGAGUGGGGUGGUGAGAUUUAUUUAUGUCCAGUACCUUGAGCAAGACACAUUGCGUUGGUUAUUUAAACGAAUUCUAACUUAGACCGCAAUCUUUGAACCUCCAGAUCUCUUCCAAGGUGGGUUAUUUUAAGAAGAAAAAUGCUUUUCCAGUCUACGUUAUAUGCUUUUAUGAAACUGUUCUCGAAAAAUGGUGUUGGAUAAAGUGUUCGGGAAAGUGAAAGUGGCUUAGAACGCGGUUUUGUUAAACACACUGGCUUAACUCCGUUUAAAUAACUGGUCCAAUGACGCUUCGAUUGGUUAAAAACCUUGCAUUCAUAAUUUCAUCAUCAUCCUUUCACGGGUUUAUAACGAACCGAUUCAACGACCUUCACCCAGUUGGCUUGGUAGAGCCCUGCACCGGUAUCGCAGAGGUCAAGGGUUCGAAUGCCGUACAAGUCUGAAUUUUUUUAGGCUUUCUUUUCGCAACUGCAUAAGUUGCGUAUAUAACUGCGAUGAUCUUCCUUCAAAUAAUUCUUCACUUCGCAGUUCAUAUAUAUGAUUUUCACACAUUCGUAAUGGUUUUAUAGUACAUUAAUUUUUUUCAUUCAUGGCAACAAAAAGCAGCUAAGUAAUUCAAUUGACGCACAACCGGUUAUGCUCUAGGGUCAUAUAAUGCUGGGGUAAAUUCAAUAAAAAUUUUACAGUGCAAUUUAGAAGUGUAUCAUUUGUUUCGAAACUGUAAAACAAAAGCUGGCCGUGCUUCUUCUUCCUUUAGCAGUUUUAAUUGAGUGACGUGGAAGUUAUCCUCGCAGUUAAAAGAACAACCUAAGGGCUUGAAAAAGAACCUGAAAAAUUUUCAGGCUUGAUCGGGAAUCGAACCCUGCACCUCUGCGAUGGCCGGACGCAACGCUCUGGAGAGCAGACCACUGUAAGUUCGUAACAUACCCGAUGGUGGAAAUGAUAAAAAUCUGGUUGUUUUUUAACCGCUUAGGUUGUUCAUUUAACUGCGAGGAUCGUUUCCACUUUCGUAUGUUUAUUCGCAGUUCAAAAUGUGAGUUAUUUCAUAUAUUUUCGUUCAUGCAAUUUCCACCAUCGGGUAUAUCACGAACUCACAAUGGCCUGCUCUCCAGUUGGCUUGAUUGACUUAAUGGAUAAAGCGUUGCGUCCGGUCAUCGCAUAGACCAGGGUUCGAUUCCCGGUUGUCAAGAUUGAAUUUUCAGGUUCUUUUUCAACCGCUUAGGUUGCUCAUUUAACUGCGAGAGUCAUUUCGCCCACUUUUCAAAAUGUUGAGUCAUUUCAUGUAGUUUUAUUCUGUUUUAACUGAAUUGCUCAACACAACUCUACAAAUUAAUUUCCAGUUGAAUGGGUAUAUUAUACUUCAGAAAAACGAAGUAAGUAUAACUCGAUUUCAGACCAUCUCGGGACUUACCUGAAAAUGACACAGCUUUUCAAGAACACUUUUAGUAAAUAUGCACUACUAAGCUAAGUGUCUUUGUUUGGCACUAAAAGACCUGUUGAUAUUUUGCGUAGAAUUUAAAUGUUUUUGUAUCUUCUCAGGGUCUUCUGGGUAUCAGUACUCGAGCAACACCUUCCUGUACUCGCUGCAAAACUAUUACGGGUAUGGAUACUUUAAAAAAGACGUGACCGACUAUUGGACAGCCACAUACAGCUACUAUAACUAUGGUCCAACCUUUGGUGGAGGGCAUGAUAUCUACAUUGCAGACAACGCAGGAUACAAUUAUAACUCUUACUUUUAUUGUAACUGCAAUUCGUAUACAAGUCCCUGUUAUAGCUGUUAUGUGUGGACUGGAAACAAUAACUUCUGCCCAAAUGAGUUAGAGGUAUUUUAUGAAGUACUUGCUUAA